CCGACGGACGGACCCGACUCACUCUCCUUCCCCCCAUAAUCUCUCCACUCCACCCUCUCUCUCUCUCUCUCUCUCUCUCUGUACACCUUCUCCCUCCUCCUCUUCCCGGCGCCGCCAUCUCCGCCGGCGGCGGCCUGCCGAGCUUCGACGCCGUCUCUGUCGAUUCUCUCUCCUCAGCUAAACUUCCCUCUCGCUCUUCAUAGAUACUUCCGCCAGGAACAAUACGUCCUCGACAUUUGAGUCAACGGACCGAACCUCGUUGACGUACGAGCAAUAUUUACUCCGAAUCAAUCGGAAUUUGAUUUCGAUAGUACCGGAGACGUCCAUAUAUUCCGCCGGCGUUCACAGCUCCGAGCGGAGAGGAGUUGACGUGGAUUCGGACAUUGCGAGCCUGAUAAACUGUACGGUGCGACGGUGUGACUGGCAUGGUGGACACGGACUCCGAGUCGCCGCCGCAAGGAAGCCGAGGCGGCGGGGAGAACUCUGGGGGGGCUGGGGACCUGUCGUCGCCGAGGGAGCAGGACCGGUUCCUGCCGAUAGCGAACGUGAGCAGGAUCAUGAAGAAGGCGCUGCCGGCGAACGCGAAGAUCUCCAAGGACGCGAAGGAGACGGUCCAGGAGUGCGUGUCGGAGUUCAUCAGCUUCGUCACCGGCGAGGCCUCCGACAAGUGCCAGCGGGAGAAGCGGAAGACUAUCAACGGGGACGACCUGCUGUGGGCCAUGACGACGCUCGGGUUCGAGGACUACGUGGAGCCGCUGAAGGUGUACCUCCACCGCUUCAGGGAGCUCGAGGGGGAGAAGACGGGCCGCGACAGGGACGGCGGCGGGGGCGGAGGGGACGGGGAGAGUGUCGGCGGAGUGGCCGGGAGUGGCACUGGGGGUUACGGGAUGGUGAUGAUGAUGGGCCAGGCCCAGCAGCAUCAGGGACACGUGUACGGCUCGGGGGUUUUCCAUCACCAGAUGGGUCUUGGUGGGCCUGGCUCUGCCUUGACCCGGCCCAGAUAAUUAAUGGGCCUCCAUGUAGGUCCAGAACUGACUUUUCUUCGGGCCCACUUGAGCUGUAACGGAGCAGAAUGUUGGGCCCCACUGGGCCAAUAGAUGGAGACAUUACGGCUCAUUAAUUAGAUCAUGUGGGAUGCUUUAAGCUUUAUUAGUUGUUGUAAAAAGACAGUACAUAGAUCUAAUCAGAAUGCCUUUUAAGUUUCUUUUCUCGGUUCUUCGGUGUAGCUUGAUGUAUGUAUUCGGAAAACGGACUAUUAGAGAUGCAAUCUUCAUUACCCCAAA